GGAUCCUUCCCAGGUCAGGAUAAAACCGCACACGAACUGUCAUAAAGUGGACCGCCGCUAAUUUCAUUGCUGUCGUCUACACCCAAGCAAGUGCACACGCAGCCCAAGGCAAAAAGCGCAACAAUGCUUUGACAUCGUCGAUCUAGUGCAUAUGGUUGAGAUGUUCAAAAAGGCUCAGGACUGCCUUCUGCCGAUGGGAGAGACGUCAGAGAACGUUGCAGAGAAGUUUGGAGUGAGCAGAAGACAACAAGAUGAAUUUGCGGUAUCAGAUGGUGCAGCGGCAGUGCUCCUAAUGCGGCGUGCGGAAGCAAACAAGCGAGGUCUUCCCAUACUUGGCGUCUUCAGGACCUUUGUGGCUGUCGGAGUCGAUCCGGCAAUCAUGGGUGUGGGACCGGCGUAUGCUAUCCCCGAAGCGGUUAAGAAAGCCGGGUUAGAGAUUGCUGAUAUCGAUCUCUACGAGUUGAAUGAGGCUUUCGCUUCGCAGGCGACCUAUUGUAUGAAGAAACUGGAGUUGGACCCGGAGAAGGUGAACGUCAAUGGUGGAGCCAUUGCACUUGGUCAUCCUCUGGGUAUGACUGGUGCAAGAUGCGUAGCCACCCUUCUCCAUGAAAUGAAGAAGCGCGGCAAGGACUGUCGAUUUGGAGUGGUCUCCAUGUGCAUCGGGACGGGCAUGGGUGCUGCUGGUGUAUUUGAGCGAGGCAGCGUCGUCGAUCCUCUCUCGAAUGCGAGGGCAGUCGAGACACAGAACUUUCUCUCUAGGGAUGCAACUGUGUAAUAAAUAAUAGUAUGGUGGAGGAGGGGACGUAUGUGGACAUUGUCGCGUCUGCAUGCAGUGAAUCUAGUCAUGCUGCAUGACUUGACGACUUGACCGAUCAAGUCAUACAGCAUCCUCAGAACUUUUGGUGCGGCGGUCCCGGGCGCGCUAUGUGGCGCCCGUCCAUCUUUACAAGGGUUCUUUUUUUUUUCUGAAGGUGUUGCAGGAACGAAGCAUGCGACGGCGCGAAAGGUGUGUCCUGAGUGUUUUGACGCGAGUUUUUGGUUGCGCGUUGGACUCGACAAAAAUCUCCCAUGAUCUGCAAAGAGAGGGAGAGAGCAUAUCACCAGGCGAGUCGGCGGUGACCCGUACUACCGUUUUUCUUUUAACUCCUACUUCGACGCGAAAACCCCUACUUCGAGGAAACGGCACGAAGCAUGUAACAUAACCCUGCUAUGCAUGAGACUUUGUGGGUACACGUAGGAAGGGUACAAAUGGAUAGCCUUUUAGGGCCUUUUAGGGUCUUUUAGGGCCUUCUUGGGUUUUUUUGGGGACUUAUACCCAUACAAUUAGAAAAUGGCGCGAAGCAUGUACGUAUCCCCGCUAUGCAUGAGACCUUUGUGGGGACGUCGGCGUAGGAAGGGUACGAAUGGAUAGCCUCUUAGGGCCUUUGAGGGUCUUUAAGGGCCUUUUCAGGCCUUUAUGGAACUUAUAGGGGCUUUUUUAGGGUCUUUUAGGGCCUUUUAGAGCCUUUUUGGGCCUUCUCGGGUCUCUUCGGGUCUUAUAGGAACUUUUUUACAGUGUCUUAGGGCUUUCCGGAGCCUUUUAGGAAAUUUAGGGUCUUUUAGGGGGGGGUUAUAUGGGCUUUUUUAGGGUUUUCUAGGGUCUUUCCGGUGCUCUUAGGCUCUUGUAGGUGGUGGGUGUGCUCUCAUAGAUGCCCACUUUUGUCAGUGGACGAUGCAGUGGGGAAAAUCCCUCUCUCUUACGCAAAAGGAGCCACUGACACUCAACGAGGAGUGAGUGACGGAUGGCAGGAGCACAUAUCACCCCUGCUGGCAGGCGCCCCCAGAUUUCAGGAAAAAAAAGGAUUUUUCACGGAGUCCGUACUAUCGAGCUGAGCAGAGGGCGGUGUGGUGUGAGUACUCAGAGGGAGGUCUUGUCUGAGAUUGCGUCUGAGGGUGGACACUGGACUUGCAUUACGAGUUUUUGACUGGUAAUUGCAGCCAGAUACAUCCAUUGCAGGCCGUUAUUGCGGUCAUAUACGUCUGGGAAAGUUAUGGUAUGGUGGGUAUGCUCUCGGAGGUGAGGUCUGUGAGACCUUGAGAAGCCAGGAGGUUCUCUCGUUGCAUGAUUUCCUGGAUGCAUCUGACUGGGAAUACGGCCCUGGACGCAUAUGACCGGGAAUACGGCCAAAUACAGAGGCCUGCAUGCUCAAAAGAACUGACAAUGGACUCCAGGAAGUGCAGAUGCUGUCGGUAUCAGAGGUCUUGCUGAGGACACACACGUUCGACUUUUCUGCCCGUAUUUGACUGCAUUUGUGACCAGAUCCGGUCCAGAAAAUCCCAGUCAACGUCGUAAAAAAAGGGAUUGAUGGCAGUCUCUCAGAGACGUUCUCAGAGAGUUUAGGUCAGGUGUUUUCUGAGGUGCUCGCAGUCUCAGAGAUGCUGUUUGAGACUUGGGGCGUAUUCACACUACUAUCAACUUUUAUGGGCGUAUUGGGUCGCAUUGCUGACCAGUUUCAUUACAGAAAAAAACUACCAUGACUAUGCCUUUGUCAGGUCUGUAUGUAGGGUGACCCCCAACUUGGCCCCCCCCGCCGCCCCUGCCGAUUGGCCCUGAAUCUACUUUGGCAAGCGUCAUUUUCACUGGAGACCCUGGACUCCUUAACCAUUUCGAGGUCGGGCCUACCGGAGGUUGUGACCUUGGAUGUGUCAGUAGUGGGCCAACCGACCCAUGUCAGGCUUGGAUUGGUCAGUAGGUUCACAGGGGGUUGCAGGCUUGGAUGGGUCCGUAGGUUUUAAUUACGGGGGGUUGCAGGUUUCGAUGGUUCAGUAGGGGUUUACGGGGGGGAUUGCAGGCUUGGACGAAUCAGUAGUUAGGCCAAAUGACCCACGGCUGGCUUGGAUGGGCCGGCAGCCUUGGAUGGAAACAGGAAAUUGGAGGCUUGGAUGGGUCAGUAGUAGGCCAACUGACCCAUAACAUUUGGAUAGGUCAGGAGGCCUACCGGAUAUUGCAGGCUACCAGAUAUUGUAGGGCUUGGAUGGGUAAGUCGGCCUAUUGGAAAUUUCAGGCUUGGAUGGCCCAGGAAGGCUGUGGGCCAACUGACCCAGGCAGGCUUGGAGGGCCCACAGCUCUGCGUACACUGGUUUGAAGUUUUGAACCCAGGAAAGUGGAUGGUAUGGGGGUGUCAUCUGAAACUUAGAGAGAAAGGCAUCUUGGGACUCCUGGAACUCCUGGAACU